CAAUUUAACAGAAUGGGUGACAAGAAGAAAAAGACUUUUAUGUUUAUCCGGCUUGUCUCGGCUGCUGGGACUGGGUUCUUCUAUGUGAAGAGGAAAAGUGCUAAGAAAGUGGCAGAGAAACUUGAGUUUCGCAAGUAUGAUCCUCGGGUAAAUCGCCAUGUUCUUUUCACAGAACAAAAAAUGAAAUAAGGAACCUAUUAUGUAUCAGCUGCUCUGUUUUCCAUCAAAUUUUAAAUCAAUGUACAAGUGCUGUUUCUUGUCGACAAUAUCAAAUUAUGUCAGCUUGAAUAAAGUGCGUCUGUCUUUAUUUGUA